AUGGGUGUUGCAGGUAGUUGUUUUGGAAAAGUUGACGAGGCAUUCAGCUUAUUUUGUAGAAACUACCACUUUUCAGUCUGGGUCGUUAAUUUCUUGUCACGUCUUUCGACAUUUGUGGGUGGAGUUUUGGCGAUUCCUGUUGGAGCACUCAUUCAUCACUGGUACUGGUUACAUGGCGGUAAACUUACCCGAAAAGAAAUGAUUUUCUUCGAUGAAGCUAACCUUUUGGAAACUUCAAACCUUUUCGAGUACAAUCGUGCGCCUAAUACAGAAGGCACGACGCCAAUAUCUGGUCCGGAAAAGAAUCCUGAUGCUCCCACUAACUUAUGGCAGGCGUUAUUCUGCGAUGAUAGAGAGUUACAGAUUCAAAAAUUUUAUAAAGAACACUACGGACCGGUUUGGGAAACAGCUAAGAGAAGGGAACAGGAAUGGAAGGCCAUACAUUCAACGGUCUGUUGA